AUUUACCAAACUUCACACCGGUGUGCGCUCUCAAAACAAAUACGUGCUCGCUGGAACCUAUUGUUUAUCAGUGCGUUAAAAACACGUUUUAUCUUAGCGUUUCUUUAAAAUAAAUCCAAAUAAACUCCCACUAGUGCUGAUUGUCGCUAAUAAGAACCCUCGUUUAACCCGCGUCAGUUAUAUCUCGCCACAAUGGAAGUCGAGCCCAUCGCUUCCGAACUAGAAAACGUGGCGGCGAGUGAUACUGAUAACGCGAAACCGGCUGACGAGGGCGCCGGGGACGCCGCGACGUCCCACUCCGAGCGUCUGAAACGCCGUCAUAGGAAUAAGAAGCUCGCAAGAACCAACAGCAAGGAGGGCGGCGUUAGCACGCCGACGCCGCUCCCUAGAUAUCGAAGCUGGAAAAAUAGCCGCAGACCGCGCAAUGGCCACGGGCGCGGGCUGCCUAAAAAAGGAGGCGCCGGCGGCAAGGGCGUAUGGGGAGCCCCGGGCUCCGAACUCCUGGAGGAGUACAUGGAAGACGAGAAUGACCCCAACUACGACUCGGAAGCCGUAGCCAAUGGAGACAUCGAGUUCAAGCAGGUCAUAGUGGAGGCUGACCCUGAGGAGAUCAUUCGCAAGUCCGAGCCAGUGAUCCUCGAGUACUUCGAGCACGGCGACACCAACGCGGCGGCCGAGGACUUCCUAGAGUUCGUCACCGCCAAGCGGAGCCACCUGGUCUGCGAGACCAUCAUAGAGACCGCUUUGGAGCAUAAGCCGAGCCACUGCGAGAUGGCUUCAGUCUUGGUGUCGGAUCUGUAUGGAAGGGUGUUCUCUGCCAAGGAUAUCGCCUUAGCGUUCGAGCACCUGCUGGAGAAGCUGCCAGAUCUAGUGCUGGACACGCCCGACGCCGCCGUCCUGCUGUCCAACUUCAUCGCGCGCUGCGUGGCCGACGACUGCCUGCCGCCGCGCUUCGUGUCGCAGCAGCGCGACGCGCCGCUCAACGCCGCCGCCAGGCAAGCCAUCCACCGAGCCGAGACGCUGCUCUCCAUGAAGCAGGGUCUCGUGCGACUGGACAACAUUUGGGGCGUCGGCGGCGGCAUCAGGCCAGUGAAGUCCCUGAUCCGGCAGAUCCAGCUCCUCCUGAAGGAGUACCUGACGUGCGGGGACCUGGCGGAGGCCAUGCGCUGCGUCCGCGAGCUGGAGGUUCCGCACUUCCAUCACGAGCUCGUCUACGAGACUAUUUUGCUCGCGUUGGAAACAGUCAACUCCUCUGUGGAAGAACAGCUGUGUACUUUCCUGGCUGAACUGAGGCGAUGCGUCAUCGUCACGCCCGACCAGAUGGACCGGGGCUUCCUCCGCGUGCUUGAGGACAUGUCGGACAUAGUGCUGGACGUGCCGCUGGCCUACAUCAUGCUGGACCGCUUCCUCGAGCGCUGCCAGCAGAAGUUCAAGCUGGGCGACGUGGUCAUCAAGCGCAUGCCGAGCAGAGGGCGCAAGCGCUACGUGUCGGAGGGCGACGGUGGCGCCAUCAAGGACCACGCGCUCAAACUGCGCGAGUAAACUGCGCUCCGCCGUCGCACACACACACAACACGUACACACACACACACACACACAUAUACACACAUGGGUCAUACUGAAGAGAUGCUGAUAAAAUUGUAUGCUGUUCCAUGAAGUAAAUAUACACGGUGUAACAUGAGGAAACCGAAUAAUUUUAACAGCGUAUUCCUGAUCAUAUUUAGAGACAAUAAUGUCCUAUAAACUUUUUUGAAAUUCGCCUAGUUUCAGAGAUAAUAUUAAUAAAAUAAAAACAAGUUUUUAUUGUUACAUAGUGUAAAAGGCCUUUUUGACGGUGAUGUUGCUGCUAUGGGUCGUAGUCUAAAUAUCCUUAUUGAUAGAUGUUAAAAAGUGACAAGUAACACUUUGCAAAAAGUAGAUUUUACGAAAAAAAAUGUUAAAACGGUUUCCUCAUGUUACACCGUGUAUGUGACCCAUACAUACACAGUUCCUGUACGAAGCGAUGUGGCGAAAUCAAAUUUUGUACCGCUUUUAUAGACAUUUAUGCCAUUCUCAACCAAAAGGGUCGGUUGUCAAUAAGAUGCUAUUUCCAUAUAGCUUCAAUUUGAAAUCAACCUUGUCGACAACCGACAAUGUGGUACCUUUUGGGUGAAAACGCAAUUUAUGCAUACUGUUCUAUAGUACUACACAAAAGUAUAAAUAGCACCUAAAUGUAGGCAGAUGAAAGUUUUCAGAAAUCCAAAAAUAUCAUCAAAAUGUCUAAUUUUGACAUAUGUACAUUCAAAUGUAUCUCUCCGUGUGAAGUGAAGGCCACCUUUUAUCUACCUUCGCCAACGCUCGGUCAAUUAGGCCCACUUGCACCAACCCACAAACCCGGGGUUAAGCGGUUAAACCGGUAACCUAAUGUCAAAUUGUACUGGUAACCAUGGCAACUCCAGGUUUAACCCUGGAUUAGUAGGGUGCAAAUGGCCCUUAGAGGUACGUAAUAAAGGCUCUGAUGACCUGUCCAAACUUGAAAAACUAGAGAUUUCUGUUAUACUUUCAUCACCUAAGGAUGGUAUUCCACCUGUCAAAUAUCUUUGUCCAAUGUGUAUUGCGUCUCACAUUCUUCUUAAUGAGAGACUGACAGGCCUAUUCGGAUUUCGAGAUAAUCACAAGAUCUAGAGACGAUUUAGAGAGAGAUCAACAAGACCUACAUUAGAUAUCGACUGCAUGUGACUUGGAUAUCUUACUCAUAACUUGUCGAAAUCGUUCAAUCGGACCUCCAGAAUCGCGGAAACGUCAAAUUUGACAUAUCUAUCUUACAAAUAUCUUUAAAUUAUCCAAAUCGUAACUUGUUGAAGUCUAGUAGAAAUCUAAUUCAUUUUCCGAAUCGAGCCGUGAGACGCAAUGAAAUUGGACUGGUAGUACCACCCUAACUAAGAAGUACAAUCCACACAGCAAACAUGACAAGCAAUAUGAAUAGCGGUAAUUUUUAAUAAAAGCCUAACUGUAACGUCUAAAGACAUAAAAUUUAAUAAUAUAUAAUAUUACUAUUUCGUUGCGUAGUGGAUGUAAGAUAUUGUAUCGCUUUUUGUAAGUGUGCGUGUCAACUUUUUAGCGUUACUCGUUGCCAUGGUUACGGUUGUCCAGGGGAACUCGUGAAAUAGUGAUUAUAUGGUAUUAAACUCUUAACAGUGUACGUAGUUAUGUCAGUUAUAAUAUUCAACUCUAUUGACAGUUAUUAAAGUUCAAAUUUAAACAAUUUUUUUUUAUGGCCUGCAGCAACUUAACAGUUAAUCAAACAUAUUUGAGGUAUUUAUAAGAACUUGUUACAACAUUUCGUCGGGUGACAAGCAAAAGUCACUAACUAACACCAUUGAAAUUAUUGGACAAUAAACCGUGUUACAAGUGUAAUAAAGUGCAUUGUUACUUUAAUUUUUUGAUAGAACUUAGUGACUUUUGCUUGUCACCCGACGAUUUCUUCUACAGAUGUAGUGCAUAAUUGUUUUCCAUCGUAUUUUCUCGGAAACGUUCGUACCGAGACUGGCUGUAAUAGCAAGACACGUUCGUAUGUUUCCGUGAAA